AUGAACCUCUUCUCCGCUGCCUGCGAGAACUUCGGCCUUGUCAUCAACACGGAGAAGACGGUUAUCAUGCACCAACCGCCACCCAACACAGCCCCACAUCACAAUGCGCCGCAAAUCAGCAUGAACGGAACCAACCUGCUAGUAGUGGACAAAUUCACGUGUGAUGAGGUACCGGACUAAUUUACCUUUGACAGUUUAGUCCCAUUUUCUUUGACCGGAUUGCUCGUUAGAAUGUGACGAGAAACGACACACCUGUACAACCCGCCUUGCUAGCCUCCGCUGCUGUCCAGCUCUGUUGCCAGGUUACUUAACAUUCAGAAUCUCUAUAUUAUUCACUGCUCAGAUUUACUUGCUGCAUUUAAGGCUAGGGGCUCGUGAGAUAUGACCCGUUAUUUCGUGAGAACAUUAUCAUCCUCGUCAUAGGUGACUCCCGACGUUAACGCUGACUUUAUAUCUUUCUGUGUCAUACAGAGAAAUAUUAAACGUAAUAUUUGUUUGGGAAUAUCUAUUCCAGUUACGUUUUCUUUUUUCACGAAUCCUGAUAUUUUACGAUCUCUGUCUUAUUAUGUCUCAUUUCAACCAACAACUUGAUAUCCCGCCCAGUCCCUUCCUGCCAUAAAUUUUACCAUACCUGACUUCCGGCAACACCCUCCAGAACUUUACUUCAUCCGCAUAGAAUCAGGCUUUUAUUCUGCUAACGUUACCAAGGAGCUGGCGAAAUACCACAAACUUGUGGAGUUCCUCCCCGCUUGUGUCAUCUCUCAAGUUCAGUCAUUGCUAUCAAAUUCUCCUGCAGAUGCUCCCUACUCCACGUUAAGGGCAGAAAUUCUUCGACUUGAUUCUGUUUCCGACCGACAGCGGUAUCACCAGUUACUUAAGGAGGAGUCACUGGGUGACCGGAAGCCCUCAGAACUUCUACGUCGAAUGCAUUCUCUCCUUGGAGACAUGAAGGUUAACGACAAAUGCGUCAAGGAGAUGUUUCUAGAGCGUCUGCCUGCAGAUGUUCAAACGAUCCUGACGUCCGGUUCUCAAGAUCUCACGGUCUGACAACUGGCUAAAAUGGCGGAUCGACUGAUAGAGGUGCAGCGGUUCCAGUCACCUUCCGUUGCCCAGAUCUCCUCAUCCUCAUUGUCAGUGAAUAAGUAUUUAAUGAAGCAGGUGUCGGCCAUGGCGGAUGAGAUGAUCUCCCUUAAACUCUAGCGCGCCCGCCUUACUUCCAGUCGCUCACACAGCCGUCGUCGUUCUCGUUCGCGACCUCGGACUGCUGAUACUAACUGGCAACACACUAAUUUCGGCGUUAAGGCCCUUCGCUGUUCCUCACCUUGCUCUUUUAAGCCGAAACCAGGAAACCAGUCGUCCAGAGAAUAGAUGCGACCGUUUUCUCUGGCUCUUCCGGCUCUGGUCGCACCUUCUAUGUUUGCGACACUGCGACUCGCAGACGUUUCCUGGUGGACACUGGAGCCAAAAUCAGUGUUGUUCCCCCAGCUGCAGCUGAUCUUCGUUUCCCUAGCCCUGGUCUUCACCUCCAAGCUGCCAACUGCUCCCCCAUUCCAACUUUCGGCAGUCUGUCCCUCACCUUGAACAUUGGCCUUCGUCGGUCAUUCACUUGGAUCUUUGUGAUUGCUGAUGUCUCUCAUGCAAUCCUCGGCUCGGACUUUCUUGCCGAGUUCGAUCUCCUUGUUGACUGACGACGUGCCCGUCUCCUCGACCGCACAACCGGUCUGUUUGUUCGUGGACUAACUCCCUUUACUGUCCCACCAACUUAUGUGUUCUUGGAUACAGAUACUGUUAGCCCCUUUCAGCAAUUACUUCUUAGACACCCCCACAUAAUUAACCCCAGUUGCGCAGUGGUAAGGUUCAAAAUGUUGUGCACCAUAUCUGCACCUCAGGUCCUCCCGUGUUUGCUCGACCGAGACGACUAGCACCGGAGCGUUUCCAGGCCGUGAAGGCUGAGUUUGAACACAUGCUGCAACUGGGAAUAAUUCGACCGUCCGAGAGCCUUUGGGCAUCCCCACUGCACAUGGUGCCCAAGGCGACAUCAGGCGAAUGGCGACCCUGUGGCGACUAUCGAGCCAUCAACUGCGCCACCAUUCCUGAUCGGUACCCCGUGCCUCAUCUUCAGGACUUUGCUGGAGCCCUUUUCGGCGAAGCGGUUUUCUCGAAGAUUGAUCUGGUGCGUGCUUUUCAUCAGAUUCCAGUCGCCCCUGAGGGUAUCCCUAAAACCGCCGUCACCACACCCUUCGGUCUCUUCGAGUUCGUCCGCAUGCCCUUCGGCCUUCAAAGUGCCGUCCAAACGCUCCAGAGUUUCAUCGACCAUGUCUUACGUGGGCUACCCUUUGUGUGCGCCUACAUUGACGACCUCUUGGUGGCCAGCCGGAAUGAGGAAGAACACAAAGAGUACCUUGCCUUGGUAUUUGACCGUCUUGACAAGUUUGGCGUUGUCAUCAACCCCCCCCCCCCAAGUGCGUGUUGGGUGUGCCUUCGCUCGAGUUCCUCGGCCAUCAGGUCGACUCUGAAGGUUUGCGUCCUUUCCCCUCCAAAGUUGAAGCAGUUCGUAAUUUCCCUCCACCGAUUUCCGAGAAUUAGUUAGUGCGAUUCUUCGGCAUGGUCAAUUUCUACUGCCGGUUCCUACCGCAUUGUGCUGACCUCAUGUUGCCGUUCACCAUCAUGCUUUCUGGUCCCAAAGGCCCCCUCGAGCUGACUGGUGAAGCACUUACUGCUCUUGAGAAAAUCAAGAAUUCCCCUGCCUACGCCACCUUACUCACGCAUCCCGCUCCCGAAGCUCAGCUGUCUGGGAUGUUAGAUGCUUCGACCGUAGCCGUAGGCGCAGUCCUUUAACAACACCUUGCUGGUUGGGCUCGAUCACUUGCCUUUAUCUCCAAAAAACUCUUACCAGCUGAGACACGCUACAGUACCUUUGGCCGUGAACGAUUUGUCAUUUACCUGGCUGUGAAGCAUUGUCGGCAUUUCCUUGAAAGUCGGGACUUCACUGUUUUCACUGACCACAAACCGUUGACUUUCGCACUUCGUUCCCAAUCCGACUAGUACAAUCCGAGGGAAAUCGCGCACCUGGACUACAUCUCCCAAUUCACCACCGACAUCCGUCACAUUGAAGGCACGAAGAAUGAGGUGGCUGAUAUGCUGUAUAGACCCUCACUGUCUUCCCUCCAACUCUUACACGGGAUCGAUCUUUGCGCCAUGGUGGCUGAGCAACAGCGAGUCGGUUGUCCCGGCGACGAGUCUGUUAAUGGUCUCCAACUCGGUGAGGUUCCUCUGACCACCGGCUCUGGUACCAUAAUUUGUGACGUCUCAACUCCCUUUCAUCGCCCUUUCGUGCCCGCCUCGAUGCGUUGAGCUGUAUUUCAAACUUUGCGUGGACUCUCCCACCCUGGGAUCCGAGCCUCUCAAAAACUCCUCGCGAAAAGACUUGUCUGGCCUGGCAUGAAUAAGGACGUCAAAGUUUGGACCCGGUCGUGUCUGAGUGGCCAGCGCAACAAGGUGCAGCGUCACAACAAGUCACCACCAGGCACUUUCUCCAGUCCUGACGCACGGUUCAGCCAUGUGCACCUGGAUGUCGUAGGCCCCUUGCCUCCAUCCAGUGGUUUCACCCACCUCCUUACCUGUGUCGAUCGAUAUACCCACUGGGCUGAAGCUAUUCCUUUGCCGAAUACGCAGGCUGAAACCAUCGUGAUGGCCUUUGUCAGUCGUUGGGUCGCCAUGUUCGGUUCCCCAUCCACAGUUACGACUGAUCGUGGUGCCCUGUUGGAGUCCGCACUCUUCCAAACGUUCCUCAAUUUCCUUGGCUGCACACGCAUUCGGACGACAGCCUAACACCCAGCUGCCAAAGGUAUGGUUGCGCGUUUCCAUCGCCAGCUAAAUACCGCCCCGCGUGCCGUAGAAGACCCAGGAAACUGGUCGGACAACCUUCAUCUUGCACUCCUCGGCAUCCGCGCAGCUCUGAAGUCGGAUCUAGGCUGUAGCGCGGCUGAAUUGGUUUUCGGCACUACCCUCCGACUGCCAGGCGAGAUGAUCACCCCAGCCUCUCGUGGGGCCGACGAGACUCCUGACAAUCUAGUGCACCGUUUGCGGCAAUUUAUACGCUCGCUUUUCCCGGUUCCACCUCGAACUCCAAUGACUGAGUUUUAUAUCGAAAAAGACUUGGACAAGUGUGCUCAUGUGUUUGUCCAGUGAGACCGUGUGCGCCAGGCGUGGGAAUCACCAUACGAAGGGCCGUUCCGCGCGCUCGCGCCCAACGCCAAGACCUGCCGAAUUCUUCGCGGUGACGAGGGGACGUGGUCAGUGUCGAUCGGGUCAAGGCUGCUGUUGCAGAGGAGCCGCCCGACCUGUCACAUGGACAAAGAUGUGCUGACCCCCUAUCCCUGUUCCUCCGUCUUCCCUAUCCCCAGCUCAUUCACCCUGCCCACUGUCUCGCCCUUCUCCUCCCUUGCCCUCUAUCCCUCGUCCCGCAUACUUCCUCUCCCUAAAUGUCUACAGCAUCCAAGUGCAACGUUAUCCUCCACCAUAGCAUACAGUCAACCCUCUUCGACUGUACCUCCUGCUGCAGUGACCGUCACGUUUAUUUCUCCGAUCGUUUAGUAACGUAUUUUUUAGACUUAUACAUAUCCUACGGCGCCGCAUUACGUCGCCCUCCGGUCUAGUAGCGGGGUAAUGUGGUAAGGUACCGGACUAAUUUUCCUUUGACCAUCUUGUCCUAAUUUCUUUGACCGAAUUGCUUGUUUGAAUGUGACGAAAAACGACAAACCGGUACAGCCCGCCUUGCUGGCCUGCGUUGCUGUCGCGCUCUGUUGCCAGGUUACUUAACGUUCAGAAUCUCUACAUUAUUCACUGCUCAGUUUUACUUGCUGUCUUUAAUGCUAGGGGCUCGUGAGAUCUAACUCGUUAGAUCGUGAGAACAUUAUCAUCCUCGUCACAUAUCUGGGCAGCACCCUCUCCCGCAGCACUAAGAUCGAAGUGGCCCGCUGAACUUCAAAGGUCAGUCAAGCCUUUGGCUGUUUUCAAAUAACCAACUGCAGCACCCGGUCUGCACCAAUAGUCUUCUGCUCGUUCACCUCAACUAGCGUUGAUCGUCCUCCCGGACCACCACUAUCCACCACCACCACCACCACCACCACCACCACCACCACCACCACCACCACCACCACCACCACCACCACCACCACCACCACCACCACCACCACCACCUCCUCCUCCUCCUCCUCCUCCUCCUCCUCCUCCGCCUCCGCCUCCGCCUCAGCGCAUACCGUUGUGGCAUCUGCCAUGCCCAUCAACACUACGCACUCUCCUGACACACUGACAAACACCAAGACCACCGUUAAGACCAGUGACGAGGACCGGGUCUAUAUCUGA